GGGAAGGGAGGCACAUGCCGGUUUUGAAGGAAACACACCUGAGAUAAACAUCCACGUAGAGCAGGCAAAUUUUAGGUAAUUAUCGUCAGUUAUCAUAUGGCAUACAUUAAUCUGACGAGAUUGUAAGUUUUUUGUAUGAUUAAUAUAUCAAAAAGGUUAGUUACAAGCUGUCAAUUUUUUAAUGGAUAUCAGACAAUCAUGAGUAACAAAGCUGCGAGUGAAACAAAUCAACCUAAAGUUUUGAUUAUCGGUGCGGGAGCUGCUGGUAUUGCUGCCGCAACUAAAUUAUUAAAAAAUGGGUUUGAAGACGUUACUAUUCUUGAAGCCGAGGAUAGGAUUGGGGGUAGAAUACACUCUGUAGAAUUUGGGGGAACAGUGAUAGAUUUAGGAGCACAAUGGGUACACGGAGAAAAAGGCAACACCGUAUACGAACUUGUAAAAGACUUAAAUGUCCUCGGUUCUCACAGUAGUAGUUCAUAUGAUAAGUAUAAUUUUUUCAUAUCUGACCAAUCGAAAUUGAAUAAAAAUUUACUAGAUAGAUUAUAUGACAUUGCCUCAGAUAUACUGGAGGAUUCUGAAGCGUUUGUGAGGCACGGUGGAGUUAUUAAUGAAUACUUCACAAAGCACUACUAUGAACAAGUUUUGUCUGAAUUUGGCAAAGAUAACAAGGACGUUAUUCAUGUCGCCGAAUUGUUGGAAGAAUGGAUCAGUAAAUUUGCGUUGUGCCUGGAUCCCGCUGAAUCCUGGAAUCAAAUAUAUUCUGACGGUUUUAGAACGUACGUGAACUGCGGUGGUAAUCCGUUAUUGCAUUGGAAAGAUAAAGGCUACCGCACUCUUUUUAAUAUAUUAAUGAAAAAUACAUCGUUGGAAAGUAAAAUACAAUUAAACAAAGAAGUUACCAAAAUAUCUUGGACCAAAAAUAUUAACUGUCCCAACAAGGUAACAGUCCAAUGUUCUGAUGGUUCUGUUUAUUAUGCCGAUCAUAUUAUUGUAACCGUAUCUCUGACUGUACUAAAAGACUUUUUUGAAAACGUAUUUGUGCCAAAACCUUCGAAGGCAAAAAUAGAGGCUGUUAAGCAGAUUCCGUUGGGUAAUAUUAUAAAGAUAUUCUUGAAAUUUCCAAGGAAAUGGUGGUCAGACGAUGUGCCCGACUUUAGUUUUUUGUGGACCAAGGAAGACAAGGAGAAACUGUUGGAAGAAUUUUCAGAAGGACCCGUAUUUAAUGGAAGAUUAUGGUUGCAAGAUCUUUUUGGCUUCUAUAGUGUCGAAUCCCAUCCAGAUAUUCUUCUUGGAUGGCUUGUGGGACCGAUGACUAAACAAGUUGAAUUGAUUCCAGAAGAGACGUUGUUAAAAGGCAGCAUGUUUCUUUUAAGAAAAUUUUUGAGUAAAAAUUAUGAUAUACCUGAAGCAGAACACAUAAUUAGGUCGACUUGGGGAACUAAUGCUCAUUUCAAAGGAACAUAUUCAUAUGUUAAUGCUGAAUCAACAGAUUCUGAUGAAGUAAGACGUCAAAUUAUUGAGCCUUUAAACUGUGAUGGUAAAGAUGUAGUUCUUUUUGCUGGAGAAGCUACUCAUAGGAAAUACUUUUCUACUGUACAUGGAGCUGUUGACUCUGGUUAUAGAGAAGCAGACCGGCUAAUACAAUUUUACAAGAAACGUCAAAACCACAAAAUUGUUAUAGUAGGAGCAGGAAUGGCAGGGUUAGGAGCUGCAUCUGAGUUGAUGCAAAACAACGUAGAAGAGUUUGUAAUAUUAGAAAGUCAAGACAGGCCUGGAGGAAGAAUUGAAACCAUUAUGGUCGAUCAUAAACCUUUAGAUUUGGGAGCUCAGUGGUUACAUGGGAAAGAUAAUCCUUUGUAUCAUUUAGCAAUGAAACAUGAUCUUCUUUCAGAUGAAAUGUCAGAAGAAGGCUUAGGUCUCUACGUCAGAGGUAAUGGCGAAAUUGUAGAUUCCUUUACAGUAGAACGGACCAGUUUUGAAAUAGGAAAGAUUCUAGAGGACUGUCAAAAUUUCACAAACUCGGAUGACCAUCCUCCUUCAAUAGAAAGCUACUUGAAACAGCGAUUUGACAGUUACAUAAACUGCCACUCGAACAUGAACGAAAGAGAAGUUUUAAGAGAAUUAUACGAUUGGCACCUGAGGUUCCAAGUAAUCGACAAUUCUUGCCUGAGUCUGUCAAAACUAAGUGCCAAAAGCUGGGGCGAUUACGUAUGUUUGGACGAUGUGGCUCACUACAACCUAAAAUACGGGUACAAUUCCUUAGUCGAAGUGAUUUUGGACGAUUUACCUAAAGGCUGUGUCAAAUAUAAUAGCGAAGUUACCAGAAUAUAUUAUGAGAAUGACAAUAAAGUAGUGUUAGAGCUUUCUGAUAAGCAAGUUAUUGUCUGUGAUCAUUUGAUAUUAACACCUUCGUUGGGAGUUUUAAAGACUUUCGGGAAUCUCUCCGAUAUUCUUCCAGAAAAUAUAGUUGGCAGUAUUGAAAGGAUGGGAUUUGCUGGGAUAUGCAAAAUUUAUUUGUUUUAUGAAGAUCGAUGGUGGGGUGAUAGUAGAGGUUUUCAAUUAUUGUGGAACAAAGAGUGCAACUUUUCCGAAAAAUACUCGUGGCUUCGUCACGUGACCGGCUUUGACGAAGUAUUUAAUCACCCGAAUGCCCUAAUGACCUGGGUCGGGGGUGUUGCGGUCGAGGAAGUAGAGAGCUUGGCCAGCGAUAAAAUUGGGAAACAAUGCACCGAUUUGCUGCGGAAGUUUAUCCCGAGCUAUGCAGUUCCGCUGCCGAGUCGAGUGAUUAGGACGAAAUGGCUGACCAAGCCGUCGGUGAGGGGCAGUUAUUGUCACAUAACUCCGGAAUGCGACGGCACAGGCUACGGAAUCCGGACGAUGGGCAAACCGGUCGUUGUGGACGGAGUGCCCCGCAUCCUUCUGGCGGGGGAGGCUGUGCAUCCCUCUCACUUUUCAACCACUCAUGGGGCCUACGAGUCCGGUCAGCGCCAGGCUCAACUAUUGAGCGAAUAUUUGAGGACUUCACAAUGAAAUAAUUGAAGUUUUCGAUGUGUAAUUAUAGUCUGUCCCACAGAUAAAUGAAACAAGUUUAGAUUGGAAAGUGCCAUUGACUAUAUAACCCCUACAUAAGAACACUGUAAACACUAGUAGUGGGAACUAUCGAAUGAAUACUAUCAAAACAUUCGA